CCCGAAGCGAGUGGGAGGCCGCGAAAACCCACGAGACGAGGGGUUGAUCCCGCUGCGGGUGGCAGGGAGGGCGAUCCUCCUCCUGUUUUAGCACCAGCAGGGCUCCUCUGAUGAUGAUAUACAAAGAAAGGAUCCUUUGAGCUUGGGCCCCCAUGACAUCCAAAGACAAAGACGUGGUGUCCUUGCCAGUUUCUCCCUGGGAUGCCAUCCUUAAGGCUGCCAAAGACCAGCUGCCAUCCCUGGAUUCAGACUCCUCCCCGUCUGACUGUGAGGAAGAAGAACCCUUCAUCUUUCAGCGAAACCAGCCUGUCCUGAUUCCAGACCUGGCUGAGGAGCUGGCUGAAGACCCUUUUGGUAUUGAAUCUGGGACCUGGAUUACUGUAGGGAGGAGUUCUUCACCUGAGCCACUUCUGAGUCCUGGGAGACUAGCCAUAGAACCCAGAAGUGGACAGAAGGUAAGACAGGAGGACUUGGCCCCUCAGGGAAGAGAAGGCCCUGGCUGGUCUCACCAGAGCUGUGUCAAAAUCAGCCCUAUUCUUGUGGAGGCUGAGGAGGACUCACCCUGGCUGGAAGGCAACCUUAGAGGCCCGUCUUACCCCAAAGGACCCCAGAGUCCCCCAUGGACUUCCCAGGGAGAAGAGGCCACCUUUCCUUUGGAAGGAAAGCUGAAGAUAGAGCCCACAGAUACUGACUUUAGAAACUCUACAAAGCUCCAAGCCCUCCGCAGGGAGAGGAGGAGGAUGAUAAAGAAGGAUAUCCUUCAGAAAGUGACCCAGGCUGCCCAGAACCCAGCCUGUGGAGACCAAGGCCAGGCUGCUGAGUCAGGACCCCGGCCAGAAGCCUCAUCGGAGCAGCCUCGGGAAGGAUGUCCAGUGCUUUCACUCCAGCAACUCGAAGACUGGGAUUUGGAUUACAUCCUUCAGAGCCUGCCAGGACAACAAGACAGCCAGGGUGACAGUGCUCCCAGAACUGCAUGGUGGUUAGCUGAACGCUACCAAAACCAAGGGCAUACCACUGGACUAUCCCAGGACACACUCCUGGAGCAGCUGGCCCUCCUGUGUGCCACUCAGUCCAGAGUCUGCAACCGUACCUGGAAGGUACCUGUUGACAAGCCCCAAGACACAGAAGAACAGGAAGCCAGAAGCAGAAGUGCUUUGGCAGAGAGCAGGAGGCUGAAGACAGAGCCUCCCACCGUCUUCAUUGACCUACGGCAGACGGAGCCGUCAGAACCACAAGAGCGCCAGUCCCGGGAGAGCUCUGAAUAUAGCUCGUCUGACAGCGAGGAGGAAGGUGUGGAGACAGCAGGCCCAGUACAGGGGCCAUCCUCCGAAGAAUGGAGGGACUGUACUGGGAAGAGCCAGCUUCUCCAGCAGCUGAGGGCGUUUCGGAAGGGGGCUGUUCCAUCCCAUCGGUCCACCAGUGACAGCCCUAGAGUCCAGAAGGCUCAGGCCCCAGAAGAUACAGGAUCCCACACUAGGAGGAAGAAACACAUAAAACUCUGGGCUGGGAAGCAGAAUGCCCUGGAUCUAGGGGACCCUCUUGGGACACAGCCAGCCAGAGAGGUGCUGCUACCUGCUACGGGCCAGCUAUAUUCAACUCAGGUAAAGGACCUGAAAAGCAGGUCAGGUGGCAGAUUUCGAUCCACACAGCCCUGGUGGUCCCUCUACAGUCUGCCUCUGGAGGCUGAGACCCUCGCUCUGGACCCCACCAAGCCAGUUUAAACAUAUGUAAACUUU